AUGCCGACGGAGCAGCUUCUGGCGAGUAUCAGCUCUGCCGCAUCCGCUGCGAGUGGCGGCCAGUACAGGAAGGUGGUGGAUGCCGAGUUUCAGGAGGAUGAGGCAGGAGCCCCCGAGCCUGUCGAGCUCUUCUACGUCCCCGCCACCAGCCGCAAGCGGAGCUCCGGGCACUGGGAGAUCCGGCUCCAGGGCCGGACGGGAACACUCCUGGAGAGCCUCCGAGGAGAUGCCCUCUUGCCGCAGGACUUGGGCCCUGCCUUCAAGGUGGUCGACACGCGGACCCGCGAUGCCCGGCGCUUCACACACCAGCCCCUUGCGCAGCUGGUGUCGGAGGUCGUGGAUGAUUUCGAGCAGGACCAGCAAGACCAGCCAUCACAAGGUGGGGUAGACAACAUCCAGGACCAUCGCGCGAUCACCAGCGUCAUCCGCCGGUGGCACGUCUCGCGCUUCAACUGGGUCGUGGCCGCUGCCGGGUUGUGCCAAGUUUGGUAG